CGCCGAAGAGCGAGGAACGGCUGCGAACCGUGUGGUUGUACCGCGCAACGCCAGUGUCACACUAAAAUGUGACUCGACGCAACGAGCACAGAACCGAAAUUCCAUUAGUUUAGGGAAAAGCCGAAGUAUUUGAAAAAAAAAAGGAAAACAAAGAAAAUAUAGAAAAAAUAAAUAAACCGAAAAAGUGUGCACCUUGGAUUAUAUGCAUCCGUUACACCGCUGACCGAUCGCUAACACUAGUCGGAGAUAUAAUACAUAUCAUUUUAUCCUAGUUGAAAAAGACUCUCGCGUAGUCGUUGAGGGGGGUGAAAGGAAAAAAAAGGAGCAAGCAUAAAGAAACUAUAUAGAUAAGGAAAAAUACAAAUAAAAAAAAAAAAACAAAUAAAAAAUAUAUAUACAUAUAUGUUAUGGUUAAAAAGUUAAUAAUUUUAAUUAUAUAAAAAACAAAAAAAAAUAAAUAAAAAAUACAAUUCUAUGUACACGCAUAUCUACGAUACGAUAUUAAAUUAUAAAUUCAUGUUGUAAGAAAUAUACCGCGUUAACGUUAAACGGGGAGGGGGAAAAAAAAAAUAAAAAUUAUAUUCGUUGAACGUAGCAGUUGGCUAAGUUAUAAUUACAGUGUGGUGAUUUUGGAAGUAAAAUUGGUUUUCUAUUUGUUUUACUUGUUUCUUUUGACGCAAUAAAUAAAGGAUUGAUAAAUCUGUGAUUUGUGUCGCGAAGAUAAUAUUCUCGGGAGACUGGUGCAGGCAACGGAAACAUGAAGCUGGAAAUGAUGAACAGGGAGCAGGGCCUGCAACUCUUCGGGAAACUAAUACGGACAAAGAACAUAGAAGGUCUCCAGGGUGACCAUGGAAAACCGGGACCCGAACCGGCCGAACCACCCGAUUCAAAACAGAAAUUACAGAAGUGCCUCACCACCCUGGACCUCACCUCGCUCGGCGUUGGAUCCUGCGUCGGCACAGGGAUGUACCUAGUGGCAGGAAUGGUGGCGCGCAGCGUCGCAGGACCCGGCGUCGUAAUCUCUUUCAUAAUCGCCGCCAUUGCCUCGAUAUUUUCCGGCGCGUGUUACGCCGAGUUCGGAGUGAGGGUGCCUCACACCUCGGGGAGCGCCUACGUCUACAGCUACGUCACCGUUGGGGAACUGAUCGCCUUUAUAAUCGGCUGGAACAUGAUCCUCGAGUACCUGAUCGGCACCAGCGCCUGUGCUUGCGCCCUCAGCGCCUGCCUCGACGCCCUUGCAAAUGGCGCCGUUUCCGGGGCGAUCGCCGGCAGCGUCGGCACCAUGUUCGGACACCCACCGGAUUUCCUCGCCUUUGUCAUCACCGUCCUGAUGAUGAUACUCCUCGCUGCUGGCGUCAAGAAGUCCCUCGUAUUCAACAACGUCUUGAACGCCGUUAAUCUCGCUGUCUGGGUAUUCGUCAUGGCCGCCGGAAUGUUCUACGUUGAUACGAGUAACUGGUCCGAGCACAAGGGUUUCCUUCCAUACGGUUGGAGCGGGGUUUUUACUGGCGCCGCUACGUGUUUCUACGCGUUUAUAGGAUUCGACAUCAUAGCAACGACGGGAGAAGAGGCGACGAAUCCAAAGAGAAGCAUACCUCUCGCCAUCGUCUCGUCACUGGUCAUUAUCCUCAUCGCGUACGUGACCAGCAGCAUGGUUCUCACGUUGAUUGUUCCGUACGAUCAGGUAGACCAGGACUCUGCAUUAGUGGAGAUGUUCGGUGAGGUGGGCGCCUACAAGUGCAAGUACAUCGUGGCCGUCGGUGCAUUGGCAGGACUGACGGUCUCAAUGUUCGGCAGCAUGUUUCCCAUGCCAAGGAUCGUCUACUCGAUGGCCCAGGACGGUCUGAUAUUCCGGACACUGAGUCAAGUUUGGCCUACGACUGGGACUCCGGCUUUGGCCACCUUCGUGUCCGGUAUCUGCGCAGCUUUCGCCGCGUUGUUGAUACAGCUCGAGGUCCUCGUCGAGAUGAUGUCGAUAGGCACCCUUCUCGCGUACACGCUGGUAUCGACCUGCGUCCUGAUCCUGAGGUACCAGCCGCACUCCACGAACCUCGUCGAGCUGCUUCCCCAGAGUCUUCGAACGCCUUGCAGAUCGCCGACGAAGGAAGCCCAGUCCAAUGGCCAGGUGGCCUAUGGCAAGGACCUCAGGCCUGAUCAGCUGACGACGGCGCUGAACCCGAUUUCCGGUGCACCGGCGGAAGCCGCCCCCGGGAACAACCAGCGUGUUAUGGUACGGAGGAUCACGAGGAGGUGCAACAGCUCAUCCCCAGACUCCGACGACACUUACGGCGGCGAGGAGGACGACGUAGGGCUGGGAAAGGACGAUCAGUAUCUCGUCAGCGAUCGCACGGAAAACAAAUUCUACGGCAGUGUUCACGCCGCUGCUGCCGGCUCCAGUUGCGGAAGCAGUCAUCAGUACCCCGGGAACACGCCGAUAAUCGGACCACCCUUGAGCUACCUUCAGCGUCGUCUCCAGGCAGCGCAGUACCUCUGUCCAGCGAUAUUCCCUUGGGUUGACAGGGGGCCAGCGACUGAGGCCUCCGGUCGUUACGUUAUGAAGAUGGUCGGCGUGCUGUAUAUAUUAAUUCUGAUAUUCGACUUGAUCAUCGUCUGCGGAAUGGGUAAUAUGGGGACCUUCACGACGCUGUUGACCUUCAUUUUCCUAUUUGCAAUAAUCGGAGUCCUACUGGCCAUCAGCAGAAAACCCCAAAACAGGAAUAGCCUGAUGUUCAUGACUCCGGGACUUCCGUUUGUGCCGGCGAUCGCGGUGACGGUGAACAUGUACCUAAUAUUCAAGCUGAGCAUCCUGACACUGGUCAGAUUCACGAUUUGGAUGAUAAUCGGUUUCGCAAUGUACUUUUACUACGGCAUAAAGCACAGCACCCUCGAGGAGCAGGACUGCGGCGAACACGCGGCGGAGAGCGGAGAUUCCGUCGGCGGAAACAUAGAGCUGAAGGUGACCGAGCAACAAAAAGCUUCGAGCUUUACGUUCAACAGCAGCCAGGGAACGGAGCGUGGAUUUUACGAGGGCCAGCAGCUCGACGCUUUCGGUCAGCCGGUAUUCGGCAGCACGAAUUUCGGGGGGACACCGAGUCACGUUGCGAAAACGAAUCCUCAAGGAAACGCCGGAGAGGCGAACGUGCUUUUCGUAUCGGAGCAGGCUUUCCCGACUUGGGACGACUAGAGAGCCGGCGUCCGUCUAUUUCACGUAGAAUACCGUUGAGAACGAAGGAAACAUGAAAAAUGAUACGCCGCAGUAUGAAAUAAUAAUAUUACACUGCUAGAGGUAUUGCGGGAUUAUUAAUAUUAUUGUUCAUAUUAUUACACAAUAUCCCAUUGGCUGAUUCUUUCGGCUAAAUUGUUGGUAAAUACUCGCCCGACAUAAUCGGGAUAAACCGUGAAUCAUAUUCGCGUCGGUGCAAAAGGAAACUAUGACAAGCGUUGUGAGAAUCGAUUUAUUUUCUGCUUCUUUAUUGCCGCAAAAAAGGUUCAUAUACACACAGCCGGCGUAUUCGUUCGUAUAUAAUUUAUUUACGUUAGCGUUACAAUUGUCAAGUAUUUAUACACACACACGGGCCGUUUGUAUAGACCGAUUUUAAUUGCUCAAAUGUACAAUCUUGCGAGUAUUUUUUUUUUGCAAUUUUAUAAUAUUAUAUCAAAGGGUUACGACGAUUCUCCAAAAGAUGUGUAAUUUGUUGAUUGUACUGUAAAAGUCUGUCAGGGCAGAUGAUAGCGUAAAUAAUUGCGGCAAUACAUACAUUAAUACAUACAUAAUAUUAUCACUAUUGAAUUCUCAUCGUCAUUAUGAAUGUUACUGUUAUACUAUUAUCAUCAUUACCAUUAUAUUAUUAUUAUUAUUAUUAUUAUUAUUA